AUGGCGACUUCAACGACCACCGCGGUUGAGCUCGUUGAGCUGCCCAUACAGAGUAACGCAUCCGGGCACAACCGGUUUCACAACAAUGCAACCGUUGACGAGUCUCAAACCUCUUCAUCUGACGAUGUCUUGGAAGCUUCUCGUCUAGCAGACUCGGUCGUGCCGGAUGGGGGAUAUGGUUGGGUCGUCGUGGGUGCUUGUGCCAUCAUCUCAUGGUGGUUUGUAGGAAUGGGCUAUAGUUGGGGAGUGAUCCAAGGAGCUCUUGUGGAAAAGGGACUUUCAACUCCUGCAACCCUGUCUUACGUUGGUUCAUUAGCCAUCGCCCUCAUCUCCUGCAUGGCUAUUCUCAACGCGCGCAUCAUCCGAGCGAUUGGGGCACAGCGAACAGCCUUGCUAGGAAUUUUUCUCCUCGGCAUGUCUGAGAUAGUGAGCAGCUUCGCAGUCUCCAGCCUCGCAGGAUUAUUCGUCACCUCUGGCGUUACACUUGGUCUUGGGAUGAGCCUCUGCUUCAUGGCUGUAUCUGCUACCCCGGCACAAUAUUUCAGCAAGAAGAGGGGGCUGGCAAACGGCAUCGUAUUCGCCGGGGGAGGCUUUGGUGGAGCGACAACAAGCUUUCUUUUGGAUGCAGUAAUCCAGCGUCAUGGAACUGCAUGGGCGUAUCGAGUUCUUGGAUUGGUGACGCUGGCCACCGGUCUCCCUGCGGCAUGGCUAGUGAAAGAGAGAUCGCCAGUCAAGACUGCAGUCUUCAUCGAAUGGCGUCUUUUCCGCGAUUUCGGGUUCGUAAUCAUAUUUGCUGCUGGAGCGGUUGCGACUUUCCCACUCUUGGUUCCCGCGUUCUUUAUUCCGCUCUACAGCAGGUCAGUCGGUCUGUCUGCAUCAACCGGUGCUGGUCUACUGGCGGGCUUCAACCUCUCGUCCGCCGCGGGUAGAAUACUCUGUGGCUUCCUCUGUGACAGAUUUGGCGCUCUUAACGUAUUAUUAUUCUCUCUGUUGAUCAACGCCGUCACGAUGUUGGCGAUAUGGCCUGCUUCGACCACUCUGGCUCCGCUGAUUGUUUUCGUUGUUAUCAACGGCGCGGCUAACGGUGGCUUCUUUUCCACCAUGCCUACGGUAGUGGGCAAUGUCUUUGGGUCUCAGAGAGUGUCUGUGGCCAUGGCCAUGAUUGUUACAGGUUGGGGCGGUGGAUAUCUCAUGGGUUCUCCAAUCGCUGGAUACCUUCUCGACGCCUACGGAGGGACAGGAAGCGGAUUCAAGGCAUACAGGCCCGCAAUCACGUACGCAGGCUGCAUGGGACUAGGUGCUACGGCUCUCGUGGCAGUUGCUAGGUUCCGAAAGAAUCGCGCAUUUUUCGCCAAAGUUUAG